UCAGAUUAUAUGGAUAUGCCUACUGGCGAUGUGUAUAUCGUUCAUAAUACCUCAAACACUGAUAUCGCUACAAAUGAAUAUAUUUCUGAACUUGGUAAUUUUAAACGUUAGGGAUAGUUAUUAUUUAUUUAGUUAGUUAUAUAUAUUGCUAACUCGGCCGUAAUUUACAGGGCAAUAUAUAAAAUGUGCACGUUGCAAAUACUUAUUUGAACAUGCACAGAAAUUAAUAAAAAAGGUACCUCACAUUGAUAAAUUUGGAAUAAUUGGGCUUUGUAAUUACUGUAAAGAUCGAAUACCUUGUGAACAUUGUUAUGAAGUUCUUAAAAAGUUUAUUGCAAGUAAAAAUAAGGAAACGAAAAAAAUAAAUGACUUUAUUCAUUGGUUAAAUAGUAUUAAAUAUUAUCUCAAAAAUAAUAAACUACAAUCACGGUCUCUUUCCAAUUUACAUUUAACCAAGCAACGUAAUUUUACUUUGGAUCCUAAAAUAAUCCAUGAGCUUCGAAAAGGUCAGCUGUCAGACACAGAAACAUCGCGUAAUACAGCUCAAACAGAAAGCGGGCAACAUAUAUCAACGACCAGUAGCUUAAACGGUACACCGGUUGGUGGCGAUAAAACCAAACACGAUACUGAAAAAAUGAAAAGGUAUUUCUUUGAUACAGAUAGUAACCUGAUAGAGCAUUCAGAUAUGGGCUUUAUAUUACCAAAACGAAAGGAGUUGAAAUUUCCUUCAAAAUACACGCACAUUUCUCAAGAUGGUAUUAAUGUAAACGUGCAUGAUUUAGACUUAAUAAAUUUACUACACAGAAAAGAUAUUAAUUAUCACUCAUUUAAUAAUUUAGAUGAUAGAUUCUCUGACAACAUUCCAUUUAAAUACGACUAUACUGAAAAAUCAAAUUUAUCUCGAUCUCAUACAGAACUAAUGGGAAAUAUGGAGGAAAAAAGAACGAACAUAAGCUCAAUAGAUUUAAAUUCACAGGAAGCAUUUGCAAAAUUUGGUAAAGGCAUAUCUCAAGGAUCCCUUCAAAAAGAUUUCAGUUUUUUUUUUAUUAAACCGAAUAAUAAGCAACCUAAGACUCCUAGCAAAUAUAAAAGCUCAUCAGAAUUAAUAAAGGAUACUAAAGAUAUGAUCCGUGAAAGAUCAGAAAAAGAAAAAACAAAACAAUUACCAGAUAUUAAAUUGAAAGAGAAAAAUAUAAAGUUUUUGAAAGUAGAUAAUAGUAAACAUAAGAAAAAGAAACAAACACUUGAAGAAACAAAAGAAAAAGUACCUCUUGGCGACGACCAGAAGAUACUUGAUAUUGAUACAAAAAAGCUGACGACAGAAGAACCUGCAGCUGAUAAAAAAAUUAAAGAAAAUAUGAAUAGACUUUCACAUAAAUUGCCUAAAAGCGAGAAAGACAAAAUGAAAACAGAACAGAAAAAAAAAAUUGAUGACAAGGAUCUAAUAAAUGUUGAAAAAGUUUCAACAAAAGUUAAAAAAGAAAGUGAGAAACAAGAAAAAGUCGAAAAAAUUGUUAUUGAAAAAGACCAAAAAGAAGAUUUAACCAGCGAAAAAAUGCAACCUAAACAUGAUGCAAAUAAAGGAUCCAGUACGAAAGAUAAUAUUGAAGAAUUUAAAAAAGUAUUAGCUGAGCAAAAGAAACAAAACGAAGAAGAGAAAUUGAAAAGAAAAGAAGAAGAAGAGAAAAAGAGGAGACAAGAAGAAGAAGAUAAAAUGAAAAAGAAAGAAGAAAAAAAGCAAAUAGAAGAAACUGUGAUCAAACGUCAGGCCGAAAAGGAACCUAAAUCGGAUAAAAAAUCUGAUCUUAAAACAAAAACUAAAACAAAGAUAAAAGAUGAAACAAGUGAAUUAAAAGCUAAUCAAAUAAAGGUCAGAAAUCCGUCCACUGACGAUUUAAUUUUGCAAUUAGUGAAAUUAAAACAAUCUCAACAUACACAAAAACAAAGAGUACAACCGAAACGUUUAUCAGAACUUAAUAUUGAUCCUACCGUUAUCAAAACUCACAAAGGUCAUCUAAGUAUCAAACAAUCCGAUUGUAUAAUUUGUAAUGACUCUGAAUUAGAGCUUGAUAUUGAUAAUAUUGAUAGUAGCAAAUAUGAAAGUAAGGAAGUGACUGAUAUUAUUAUAGGACAACAAAUAUUCAAAUAUAAACCACAUAUAGAAGAAAAUAUUAAUAAAACCUCAAUAGGUCCUAUACUUUUUACAUCACAAUUUAAUGAUGAUGUUGUGAAAAUACCAAAUCAAGAUUUAAUUACCAACAGUCCUGCAGGAGAUAUGGAAAGAAAUCCUUUUUCCGCUAAAAUCGUUGAACAAGAAGUUCCAAAAGGUAUUAUAAGGUAUGCCUUAUCGGACCGCACAUUUAUUGAUAAGGGCUGGACAAUGCUACCCACUGAAAAAGUUGUGCGAAAAAUGAACGUAUAUCGUAUGCGACCAGCUCAUCCUGAAUUUGAUUGGUUUGAACAUAAUAAGAACAAAAAAUUAAUGCACUACGAUACAGGUGAAAAAUUAGCCGAAUUUGAUGAUGAUGGUCGGGGCAGGUGGUUUUAUAGAAAUGGAAAGCUUGCAUUAGAUUAUUACGACGCAAAAGAAAUAAAUGCACAGCAAAGAUUUGUAAUCUAUAGUAGCGGUGAACCCGAUGAACGAGGCCGUUCCCGACCUUUAGCUAUACUUGCAACAUUUGACUAUCUCGGAAAUGGUAUUGUUUUCGAUCACGCUGGUAAAAUAAGGCUAAAAUAUAAUCAAACCGAAGGAGUUGUUUUAGAUCGAAGCAUUGGUCCUGUGUCUCAUUGGAAAUGGCACACGUUAAAUGAUCCACCAGUAUUACAACAAGUAAUGAUAGAUACUCAAAUGGCACAUAAAGAUCCUGAAAUAUUCAAGCUCGGGGGACCUGGAGACGAUAAAGUACGGGCCGAUAAUGAAGAGAUGCUCGCAAUUGAAUUCGAUAACUUUAUAAAAGAGAAGAGUAAAAAGCUAUCUCAAAAGUUCAAACCAUUUCAGAUUAAAAUGAAAGCUUUAAAAAUAAAUGAACAUUUUUCUUUGAAAGUACUAGAUCAAGCCACUGUUUAUUUGAUUUUUAGAGACAGCUCUAUUAAUCUAAAAAUAAAUAUUGGAAUGAUUUUGGACCAUAAAGAAAUCGUGGAUACUGAUACCGCUGAAGUAGGUGAAGUUUCUAAUAGUUUAGAAAGAUUUCCAGCUCGGACAGAUAGCUUAGCUGGCUUACAAAAAAGUGUUGCAUAUGCUCAACGAGUCGAGCGAGCUCGAGUAGAACGAGAACGUCGACUCCGACCAACGGUGUCUUAUACGGAUAAAGUGAAUGCCCUAGUUUCACGGCCUCUACGCACUCCAUUAGACAGAGUGCCUUCUAGUUCCACAGCCACUGUUACAACUUCAGCGUACAAUUGUAGAUGCAGAAAAUCCUCGUCUUGUCAUUUGUAUUAUGACACACGCCUUACUUAAUAAUUAAAUUUUACAAAAUAUUUUAUAACUAUGGGUUUUAUUAAAGUAUAUAUCUUCUGUUG